UUGAAUUUCAAAAACGACAGAAAUCAAAAAGUUGAAAAUUUAAUUUCCUACAAAGUUGUUAUUUUAACGAAACGGUACACAUUUCCAGAUUUUUCUUGUGGAAAAGUUACAUCUUUUUGACGCAUACACACCAUGUAAUAAGCAUUUUUGGCUUUCAGCGUCGAUAUUAUCAAAAAAACACGUCAGUUUUAAUGACAGCUAAUCAAAUUCCAAAAAUGCCAUAAGGCAUUAUAAUCCAAGAAACUGUAUCGUUAGACCUUAUUUUAUCUUUACUUUUUUAGGCUUUUUUACCGAAAAAAUUCCAGUAACAUGUACAAAACGUGGAAAUAUUAAUGUCCAUUGUACGUACAUACAAAAUUAAUUUGAAAUGCCUUUUUUGACUUUUAACCCGCUUCGGAAUUAUCGUCUCUGGUACAAACUUUUUCAUAGUGCGAUCAGGCCAAAAAUAUUCGAUCCGCUGGCCUUGACAAGCAGGACAACUCAAUUUAUACCAAGCACGAUUUACUUAAUGAAAAAUCAACAAGGGAGAGAAGUAAGCACCGAAAAAAUUACAACACAAGGCAGGGAUGUAACGAUAACCGUUGACGUGACAAAAUUUAAGUUCGAAGAAUUGAAUGUUAUUUUAUCCGGAAACGUCAUUAUAGUAGAAGGACUGCACGAAGAAAAGAUUGACGAUCAAAAAUCUGCCUUUACAUAUUUCAUGAAGCAAUUUCUACUAUCCGACGAUCACGAUUUGGACAAAGUGAAACCGAUUUACGCGAAGAACGGAACACUCAGAAUACUGGCCCCCAAAAGAGGCGAAGCUGGUCAGGAAUUAACUGUGCAAACAAUUAAAUUGGGUCCCCCAAAAAUACUUAAAAUAGAAAAGGAAUAAUUCCCGGUAGAUUAAUUUCUUCGUCAUUCAGUUAACCAAAAUCAUUUUACGAUAAAUAACAUUUCAAAUCAAUACUAUGUCAACGAAUUUUAUUUUUCGUUUGUCCCUAUGCCGAAAAACUAUAGAUGCGAUGCUAUGAAUGUAUGUAAGCAUAUACACAAUGGUCUACAAUAUUUUUUAUAUGUGCCUGGCCUAUUUUUUAUUAAAUAAAUUAUACUAUCUAUAGGAAAUACUGGAGUGUUUUAGAAUUUACAAAAACCUAAUUAGAAAAAGUUGUGAAAUAUUAUUGCCGUUUAUGUACUUUAAGUAAACACUUUUUUCUGGAAUUUUACCUCUUUAAAAUUACCUUAGACAUCUAAUAAAACAUUCGUAAUAAAUCAACGAAAACACCUCUUCCAAACUGAGUAUUUUUUUAAAGCGAGUUAAUGUUUUAACUUUUCGUUUAGAAACGAAAAUUGAAGAUAAAA